AUGUCAUCACUCCACACCUCCACCGUCGACAUAACCCUCCAACAUCGCCACCUCUUAACCUGUCAGUGCCGGAAGCCGGACGGCACAUGGUGCAGUUCCACGCUGGAUUUGAAUGAUUGUUUAGGAAAUAAUAAUGGUAAAUUCAUCUGGGGACGUACAUCUUUCGCGGAGUCGGCAUCGCAGAUCCAUCUUUCCCUCGAAGGGAACGAGGGAAUACCCUUCUUGCAUGCGCAGUUGAACGAUCGCCAUGGGAGUCAGCAGUCGGCAUCUAUCAAUCUGAUGGAGCGGAUUCGGAAUGAGAAUGGGCAGUUGAGUUAUUUGGAGUAUUAG